AUGGGCAAACGAAAGAAGUCUUCGCGCAAGCCCGCCGGACCCAAGAAGCGCGAAACUCUUGCAUCAACAUUCACCUGCUUAUUUUGCAACCACGAGAAUGCAAUAAUAGUCAAGAUCGACAAGAAAGGUGGCGUUGGAAAUCUAUACUGCAAGGUCUGCGGCCAGAAAUUUCAGACCUCGACGAACUACCUCUCAGUACCUGCCGACGUGUACUCGGACUGGAUCGAUGCGUGUGAAGAUGUGGCAAAGGAGGCUGCCAGUGCUGAGGCUGCUGAAGUCGUGAAGGAUCGCGAAUUCAGCGACUAUGCCACUGCAGGCAUUGCUCGGGCUGGUGGGGACGACGACGAUGACGACUACUGA